CAGCUUAACUGAAAUCUGCAAAAAUUCUCUGCUGCAAGGAAACGGGGGUGAUGUCAUCAGAAGAUGAUGCUGGCGGGGAGGCUCCUGGGGGCAGUUUCUGGGAGGCUGGAAACUACAGGUGGACAGUGAAGCGUGUGGAUGAUGGGUACCGGCUCUGCAAUGACUUAAUCUCCUGCUUCCAGGAGCGAGCCAAGAUAGAGAAGAACUAUGCCCAGCAGCUAACAGAGUGGUCCCGUAAGUGGAGGACCAAUGUGGAGAAAGGUCCACAGUAUGGUACUCUGGAGAAGGCCUGGCAUGCCUUCUUGACAGCUGCAGACAAACUGAGUGAAAUUCACUUAGCUGUCCGGAACCACCUGGCUGGUGAAGACUCGGAUAAGAUCAAGGCCUGGCAGAAGGAGGCCUACCACAAGCAGAUGAUUGGCGGCUUCAAGGAGACAAAGGAGGCAGAGGAUGGGUUCCGCAAGGCCCAGAAACCCUGGGUGAAGAAGAUCAAAGAUGUGGAGAAUUCUAAGAAAAACUAUCAUGCAGCCCGGAAGGAGGAGAAAACAGCCCAUACAAGGGAGAAUCAUGCAAAGGCAGACUCAUCUGUCUCACAGGAACAGCUGCGCAAGUUGCAGGAACGUGUAGAGAAGUGCACUCAGGAGGCUGAGAAGUACAUGGAGGACAUGGAGCAAGUAUUUGAGAGCUGUCAGGAAGCAGAGCUCAAGCGAUUGUGCUUCUUUAAGGAGAUGUUCCUGAAUCUGCACCAGCAUCUCAACCUCUCCACCAGUGAAAGCUUUCACGCGUUGUAUCGAGAUCUCUACCAAGUCAUCAUGGCUGCAGACAACCAGGAGGACCUGAAGUGGUGGCGCAACACUCAUGGACCAGGCAUGGCGAUGAAUUGGCCUCAGUUUGAGGAAUGGUCCCUUGAAACACAGCGGCCAAUCACCAAGAAGGAAAAGAGUGGCAAGAUGGCUGAUGAUGUCAUGCUGACCAGCAUUUUGCCUACACGGGACGGUGUUGUCUCACAGACCCCUCUGCAGACAAGGCAAAGUGGAGGGAAGGAAGACAUUUUGGAAUGGUCAGAUGAGGACACUCCCAAGAAGUGCCUGGAUGCCAAUGGGCAUGAGGACGUAAAGGUACCAGGUGUACGGGUACGAGCACUGUAUGAUUACACAGGACAGGAGGCUGAUGAGCUGAGCUUUAAAGCAGGUGAAGAACUAAUGAAGAUUAGUGAGGAAGAUGAGCAAGGCUGGUGCAAGGGUCAACUUCUCACUGGCCAAGUUGGACUUUAUCCUGCUAACUAUGUUGAGAAGGUUGGAUCAUGAUUGCAACUGCCCUGCCAGUGUCUCACAGCCAUACCAGCAUCAUCUGCAGAGGUCACUGGGUCACUGCUGGCCCCAGCCCACCUUUGCAGUAUAUCCUGCAACUUCUGGACUUUGAGGGCAUGUAUUCCAUGUAACUAAUGCUUCCUUUUAAAUGCGUAGACCUGUAGGGUUUUUCUAAUAAAUAAACAAGGGUGA